UCUUCUUUGUCUCUCAGCAUUCUUCAGCCAUUUUUCGUGCUGCAAUCCCAACGCUCAUUUAACAUUCUGUGACGUACGUCCGAUAAGUAUUCUGGACGACUCUAUCAAACAUCUGCAUCGCGGUUCUCAGAUAUUUCGCUCCGGCUACGAUGGAGAACAAGGAGGAGCAGGCUGACGCAUCCGUCCUUCCAAUCCGUUCAGCACCCCAGGUCGAAAAUGAUCAAGACCAAGCCUCACAUACAGCGCAGAACGAAACACUUGAGGCAUCCAAUGUGCAGAAGCUCCAGGAACAGGAUGAUGACAGAGGCGAGGAAGAAGAUAUGAUGGCAGAGAUCGAUCUGACGUUGCCGGAGAAAAAGAAAAAGAAGAAGAGAUCUAAAAAGCCCAAGAGCAAACGAGGCCUCAACAAACCUACUGGAUUCGAGGAAUUCUACGUUGACCCCCCGAUCACUGUCGAGGAGUAUAAUGAAAAUAAGAAGCGUUACGAUGUUUCUCUACCUAUUCUCAUCCGCCUCGAAGAGGCUAUUCUACGCUUCCAGGCGAAACACAGAAUCGAAAAUGACCGGUCUCAUAUGUUCUCGAAGUAUCUGGCGUAUGGGGGCGUAGACGUUGGACAGAAAAUGUUCGCUGGCGUGGACCAGCGCGAACUCGAAGACAUGGACAAGGAGCAAAUACUGGCUGCCAGAGCCCAGGCUUGGAUCAACAGCGAUCGUUCGAAGAUGCUAAUCGACUUUGACGCCGUUGUCAGGGGUUAUUUAACCGCAUUCUACCCAAGAUACUUCUACCCGGACACUGAGGAGAUGGCCAAGAUGGGACCCAUUACCAUCAGAAACUUCCUCACAUAUCUCCUCCACCAUGACGUCUGCCCUGAAUAUAAGGAUAACAUAGAUGCUGCGCGGGUCUCAUGCGACAUUGCGAUCAAAGAACUCUGGAAGAACCAACGUUUCAUAGUGCAGGGCCCGGGAAAUUUCAAUGAGGCUUGUUCAACCUUAUUCGGGGGUUCGUUUUACGACGACUAUGUCGAGGAGAACCAGUGGGCUCCCACGGCGGAGGAAACUCGUCGAAUGACACCCGACAUUGCACGUAAAGUUGUCAAGUUCGCUCUUGCGGGUGCUGGAUCGAACGAACAAGCAACUCGAUUCCGCGACCUGGCUCACGAGAACGCACUUUGCGCCGUCCGUGUGGAUGACAUUGAUGGUUUCGAGAUCACAGCCGUAGAGUCGGUGCAGGAUGAUCUGCGUGAAUUCUAUCAUCAAUAUGCUCCUGACCUUAACCCCGUUGGCAAAUUACAUGGAAAAGCUUUUCGAGAUCCAGCACGGCCGCUGCCUGAUCUGACCCCUGAGGAGCGUCUACAGUGGGAAAAAGGAAACCUAGCCACUGAUGAAUUCGAAUUCAUCAUGGAGGAGAGCCUCCUUGAUUUAUGUUACCCAGGAAUGAAGGUCAUAACAUCUGUCUGGAAGCUCAACUGCGGCAUCUGCUUCUUCGAUGAAGUUAUGUCAGCUUACUGUUCCAUUUACACCGUUCUGCCGAACGAUCUCAUGCUUGGCUGGAAGAAACCUAGUAGUUAUUCCAACGGUGAUGCAGAUGGGUCUGAUGGUGAAGAUGGCAAGGAACACAACCUGCAGGACUAUCUCUGAUAGGCCCAAGGACAAUUUCGGAUCUUGAACAAAGGAGAAUGCCGUAUCUGUUCCUGGCUGUAACCUGGGUUAAAAUUCGAGGUGGUACAAAGUAACAGAACAGGAGAGGCAUUCUAUCUCUUAUUUUCGGUCUCAAUAAUCCGGUAGGUAGAUGACAAUUGCAGCAGUGAAACAACCUGGACUGUUGGACUUCUAAACCUCAUUGGCGGCACAGCGCAGUCAAUCUCCUUACUGAAUAGGUAGUUAAUGCAUUGACAGAUAUCUCUAGUGUCUAACCUA